AUGCUUGAAACAUUGGGAGGCCUAAAACCAACUAGGAAUAUGGAGAUUGAUGAACAAGUUGCUAUUUUUCUGCAUAUUCUUGCUCAUAAUGUUAAGAAUCGUGUUAUAAUAUGUCGGUUUCAUCGCUCGGGAGAAACAAUUAGUACGCAUUUUAUUCGAGUUUGUAAUGCAGUCAUACGAUUGCAUACUCAUUUGCUUAAGAAACCCGAACCUGUUCCCGAUAAAUCUACUGAUCAAAGAUUGAAGUGGUUUAAGAAUUGUUUAAGAGCUUUAGAUGGAACAUAUAUAAAGUAUCUAGUUCCAGUCGAAGAUCAGUCUAGAUAUAGAACAAGAAAGAAUGACAUUACAACAAACGUUCUAGGGGUUUGUUCCCAAGAUAUGCAGUUUAUAUAUGUGUUAACUGGAUGGGAGGGGUCGGCUGCGGAUGGUAGAGUUCUUCGUGAUGCUCUUCUUAGACCACAUGGAUUUAAAGUUCCAAGGCCGGGUAUGACAAGCCAAAUUAGAAAGUAUAGGCCAUGGACAAGUAUUGAAGAAACGAAGCUAGUUGAGGCGUUGGUGAAUAUGACAACUCCUGGAGGGUUUAAAGCCGAUAAUGGUUUCAAAUCCGGUUAUUUGCAAUACCUUGAGAAAGCAUUGAAACAAGCACUUCCAAACUCAGGUCUUUUAGGUAAGCCACAUAUUAAAUCUAAGAUAAAAACCAUGAAGAAAGAUUGUCAAUGUGUCUAUGAUAUGGUAAACGGUUCAAACACAAGCGGUUUUGGUUAUGACCCUGAAAAGUAUUGUGUUACUGCUGAGGAUCUGGUCUGGGAGGCAUACCUACAGGUACAUAAAGAAGUGACUAGAUGGAAACACAAAACAUUUCCUUAUUAUGAACAUCUUUGCAUUGUUUUUGGAAAAGACCGAGCUCAAGGAAAUAGAGCUAGAGAUUUCAUGGAGAUGGAACAAGAGGUGAACCUAGAAGAAGAAACGCAAGAUUCAUAUGAUGAUUUUCUUGAUUCAGAGGAAGUUAGUUGUACUACAGCUGUGCAACAUGAUGAAACUUCACCGAGUGUUCGUUCCAAGAAGAGGAAAAAUUGAAUCGACUAGGGGUUUAACAAGGCGGUUGGCUUAAUUACAGAAAGUUAUAAAGAAAUAUCAAAGGACUUGAGUGAAGGUAUUAAAUUUGACAUGAAGAUUAACGAGUUAAGUGAGAAGAUCCCUCCAACGAUUUUAAAGAUGAAUUCAAUAAGUCAACUUGAAAAGUUCAAAUCUUUGACCAAGAUAAGAAGUGAUCCCAUUAAUGUUCAAAUUUUUUGGGAAAUUGAAGAAGGUGAUAGAGAAGCUUGGGUAAAAUACAUUUUGGAAGGAUAGUGUUACCAAUUGGGAUGUGCAUUGGAUGUUGAUCGAUAUUUUGCAUAUGAAAGUUUUUGGUGCCUUCGAUUUGGAUGUAAUGAAAUAAUUUACGUUAACUUUAUUUUUGGUAACAAUAUUAGGAUAUCUAGUGAACAAGGUGAUUGCUUUUAAGUUAUGUUUUUUUGGUAACAUUAUUGGGACGUGUAUUUAAAGAAUUUUAUUAAUUUAUGAAGUCAUUUGCAUGAUUUUUACA